GCGACCACGGUGCUCAGCUGGGUCUGCACGGCGCCAGCGGGGACGGGCUGGGGGACGAGAACGCGGCCGUGGAGGAAGGCGAGACCAGCCCGGAUCCGCAACCCCAGCAGGGCCGGAAAGUGCGGAGGGAAGCGUGUACCUGCCCCUACUGCAAAGACAGCGAGGGAAGGAGCUCUGGGGAUCCAGGUAAAAAAAAGCAACACAUCUGCCACAUGCCGGGCUGCGGGAAGGUGUACGGCAAAACCUCGCACCUGCGGGCACACCUGCGGUGGCACACGGGCGAGCGGCCCUUCAUCUGCACCUGGCUCCUCUGCGGGAAGCGGUUCACCCGGAGCGACGAGCUGCAGCGGCACAAGCGCACGCACACGG